AUGUGUGCUUCUUCCCGAAGAGCCCAGAUUAGGCUUCAAAUCGACAGCAGCAGCACCAACCCCGAACAGAGUCAUUAUCAGGAAGCCAAAUGUCUCAUCGAGGGCGACCUUGCCGAUCUUUGCGAGAAGUAUGGGAUUGAAGGAGUCCGCGCUGCGGGCUUGGACUUUGUCUUGGCUUGGAGAGCUAUGGAAAGGCAAGGAUGUUUUGGAUAUGAGAAGCUUGUGAUGGAAGAAGCGGAGGAUGAAGGACCAAGACGUGAGUUGAAGAGAAUGAUUCUGGGCAUUUUCGAGUGGUGCGGUAGUGGAGUGGCCGAGAUUUUUGGGAUUGAAGACGGGUUGCUUUCAGUUGGAACGAACAAUGGAACAGCAAGGGAUAGUAGAGAAGAUGCAAGAGCAACGGAUCGAGAUUACAAAGCGAAGUGGAAUACCGGUAUCGAGGACUCUAUGGAAGAUGUCGUGUGGAGCAGAGAUGAGAUUAUAGAGGAUGAAGGCGAUAGUAUGGAGGAUGACAACGAGAGGGCCGACUUUGUAGGUCGCCCCAGCUUCGACCUGUCCUCCAGUCAGAUUGGAAAGGCAACGGAACUUGAACAAAACAACGACGACAUGAACACCGACGAUGCCGAGCUCUCUAAACUCGUAAAACAGGCCUCAGGAAACCCAGAGCUGGACGUCAAACAAGAGUCAGGAGAACUCGUAAGGGAUCUCCAAAUGUCACCGAAGACUGUUUCAUAUUCGGCCAUGUCUGGUGGCCCAGAGCAUACGACUACGACAGAACGUACAAAGACCAGUGAGAAAACGACAUACUCAGGCCGAGUCGUGACGACAGCAUAUACAACUACUACUAUCCGGACCAUUACCGUAACUCGACUCAUGAACGCAACAUAUGAACCUUCCGCCAAUAAACUUCCUCUCAACCAGAAGGCUAUCGCGCAUGAGAGCAACGAAUUUUUUGAUAAUUUCACAAAAGAGGAAAACAAAUGGCUUGAAGAACAGGUGCGAGCGAAGAAACCGCACUGGGAAACUGCAAAGGAAUUCAACCUCCUUUUCACGCCAUGCAGAAGCCACAAGACAAUCCACACUAAGCUUGCCAGACUGGGUCUUGAUACGAAGACUGUUCGGGUCACGUGGCCACAAGAGCAAGAGGCAUACCUACUCGAUUUCAUCAAAAGUUCUCGCGGGAUCAGAGAGCAGCUGGAAGCCUUUAAUACCUACUCCUCCAAUCAAGGAUGGCCCACUCGAACUUUCAAAGCGCUCGAGACAAGACUGCGCGAUUUGCAAGGACCAAAGUCGGCUGCAAGCGCCUGGACCGUGGAACACGACGAGUACCUAUGGCAACUCCUACAGGCCAAAGGCUCUUCUGGUCAGCAUAUGACGGCUUUCAAUGCUCACGCUUCCCAAGAAGGAUGGCCGAUUCGAUCGCGCGGCGCUCUUAGCAAGAAGAUCGCCGCGUUGAAGCCUCAAAAGGUCGAUCAACAAGCGCCCGCAUGGACCUCGGGGCCAAAGGAACAGGAGGAAUAUCCGUCUGCAUCUUUAAGAGAUGAUUGUUCUUUGUCUGACCUCGGGAAAUCAGGUGGAUCCACAUCGAGUGCCGCAUGGCCAAAGGCACAAGAGGUGUACCUCAUCGAGACGCUCCAGGACGACUGCGCUGUCGAUGACCAGCUGGGAGAUUUCAACGCUCACUCUGAGGUGCAAGGUUGGCCGUUGCGAACCGGCAAUGCUAUUAAAAGGAAGCUGUACACGUUGCGAGGCCCAGGAAGACACAUCCCAAAUUCUUGGCCCAAGGGACAGGUGGAGUAUCUCGCUCGCAACAUGCGAGACGAUGUUCCCAUACGCGUGCAAGCAGAAGCCUUCAACACCUAUUCUGCGGCCCAGGGUUGGCCCAUCAGGACUGUCAAUGCAUUAAAAAACAAGAUGCCUCAGCUGAGGGUGAAGGUGAGUUCUGACAACUAG